GUAAUCCUCCCUCCUCCAAAUUCAAAUCCCCAGAAAAAGUCAGAGGUCAAAUUCCUCAACUUUCUUCCUUGUACAAGGAUUUACUUUCUCAGAAGAAGAAGAAGAAGAAAAAUGUGUGGGAUAUUUGCGUACCUGAAUUACAACGUGAAUCGAGAGAGGAGUUAUAUUCUUCAGGUGCUAUUCAAUGGCCUCCGGCGAUUGGAGUACCGGGGAUACGAUUCCGCCGGAAUUUCGAUCGAUCAUUCCUCCUCUGAUCCCAAAACCUCCUCUCUCCCUCCCUCUCUCGUUUUUCGCCAGGAGGGAAACAUCGAGUCGCUCGUCAAAUCCGUCUACCAAGAGGUGGCUGAAACAGACCUGAAUUUGAAGCAAUGUUUCUCUCACCAUGCUGGAAUAGCACAUACCCGGUGGGCCACUCAUGGAGAGCCCGCUCCAAGGAACAGCCACCCUCAGAGCUCUGAUCCUGGAAAUGAAUUUUUGGUCGUUCACAAUGGAGUUAUUACUAAUUACGAGGCCUUAAAGGGCACUCUAGUUCGGCAUGGAUUUACCUUUCAAUCUGAAACAGACACAGAAGUUAUUCCAAAGCUUGCCAAAUAUGUCUUUGAUAAAGCUAAAGAAGGAGAAGGUGACCAGACUAUCACAUUUAGUCAAGUAGUGCAUGAGGUUAUGAGGCAUCUUGAAGGAGCCUAUGCGCUGAUUUUUAAAAGCUGGCAUUAUCCAAAUGAGUUGAUUGCUUGUAAACGUGGCAGUCCGUUGCUCCUUGGUGUGAAAGAACUUAAUGAAAAUGCUAGCAAUGGUUCUGCAUUUCAUGAUGAUAAUUUCCUUUCAAAAAGUGGACAUCCUAAAGAACUCUUCUUGUCCAGUGAUGCAAAUGCCGUAGUUGAACACACCAAAAAGGUUUUGGUGAUUGAGGAUGGUGAAGUGGUUCAUCUUAAGGAUGGACACGUGUCAAUCCUAAAGUUUGAUAAAGAAAAGCAUGGUGGCCUUUCAAAAGUUGCAUCAGUACAACGAGCAUUGUCCAUUCUUGAGAUGGAGGUUGAACAAAUAAAUAAAGGAAAUUUUGAACACUACAUGCAGAAAGAAAUUCAUGAGCAGCCUGAAUCUCUAACUACCACAAUGAGGGGUAGGCUUUUACGUGGUGGUUCCUGCAAAGCCAAGACUGUUCUCCUUGGCGGACUGAAGGACCACCUUAAAACAAUUAGGCGAAGCAGGCGAAUUGUUUUCAUUGGCUGUGGUACAAGCUACAAUGCUGCUUUAGCUGCGAGACCUAUCUUGGAAGAACUUUCAGGUAUCCCUGUUACAAUGGAAAUUGCUAGUGAUCUGUUGGAUCGGCAAGGACCUAUUUACAGAGAAGAUACAGCUGUGUUUGUCAGUCAAUCUGGUGAAACAGCAGAUACUUUGAGUGCAUUGGAAUAUGCUUUAGAAAAUGGUGCAUUAUGUGUUGGCAUAACAAAUACCGUUGGUAGUGCAAUAGCCCGUAACACACACUGUGGUGUUCAUAUAAAUGCUGGUGCUGAGAUUGGAGUGGCAAGCACCAAGGCUUACACAAGUCAAAUAGUGGUGAUGGCUAUGCUUGCCCUAGCAAUUGGAGGUGACACAAUUUCAAAUCAAGCAAGAAGAGAGGCUAUAAUUGACGGUUUAUUUGACCUGCCAAACAAAGUCAGAGAGGUCCUGAAGCUUGACCAGGUAAUGAAGGAUCUUGCAAAACAAUUGAUAGCAGAGCAAUCACUUCUUGUUUUUGGGAGAGGAUACAACUAUGCAUCGGCUUUGGAGGGUGCUUUGAAGGUAAAGGAAGUAGCACUCAUGCAUAGUGAAGGAAUACUUGCCGGUGAAAUGAAACAUGGUCCUUUGGCUUUAGUUGAUGAAAAUCUCCCAACUUUUGUGAUUGCUACCCGUGAUGCUUGCUUCAGUAAGCAGCAAUCAGUUAUUCAGCAGCUUCAUGCCCGCAAAGGUCGUCUGAUUGUAAUGUGUUCGAAAGGAGAUGCUGCAUCUGUUUGCCCUGCGGAAUGGGAGUCUUGUCGAGUGAUUGAAGUUCCUCAGCUUGAGGAUUGUCUUCAACCUGUAGUUAAUAUAGUUCCCUUGCAGCUGCUAGCAUACCAUCUCACAGUUUUAAGAGGUUUUAAUGUGGAUCAGCCUCGGAAUCUUGCAAAGAGUGUGACAACCCAGUAAAGAAGUUUCGUGGACAUACAUGAUACAACCUCAUAUACUUGAGCCUCAUGUGAUUCUUAAUUGUGCUUAGAACAAUCAGGAAGAACCCUAUAUAGCUGAAUGGAAUGCAAUGCGAGAACUCAGACUCAGAGUUUGCUGGAUGUCUUUUAGUUUCAUGUGUUCUGUAAUGUUAUUGUGUUGGUCGUUUCUGCUGGCUGAGGCUGUCUUUUGUAAAUCAUUAGAAGUAGGAAUACUAGAAACACUAUGUCCCCCUAUCCUGGUUCUUUUGUUCUUAAUUUGAUACCGAUCAGCUUAAUUUUAAUAUGUUCUCUCUCCCUUCAACAUCA